AUGCCCUUUCCGAAGCCAUACAAAUUGAUCACAAUCAGCACGGAUCCCGAGCGAGCCAGCCGAAUGGUGAGGAAAAUCGCCGAGGAUGUCAAGGACCGGUACAUAAUCAUCCACUGUGUCAAUGCCGCCCGAAUUGACGAAGUGGAGUCGCUCGUGUCGCUUUAUCGGCCUGAUAUCCUGGUCUGUGCUUCGAUGUGGUCGUCGGACCAAAGUGCCGAGAUCAAGAGAAUCGCCAGGACCGCCGUGCCGGGCUUGCGAUGUUAUGUCGUGCCCCAGGGUAUGCAGGCUGAGAGAGGGUCCGAGGCUACCACGGAACAUGUCAAGAACCAGCUGCCGAAGAUCAUUGACGGUGACUUGGGAUUAAAAUGA